UUUGGACGUCGGUGACAAGAUGAAUUUACUUGUUUUCAGCAUCAUCGUUUCUGCAGUCCUACAAGUUGGCUGUCAAAAUCCCAGGAGCUACUGGACUCUGCUCCCCAACAUUCUGGUUGUGGAGGUGAAUGGCUCUUUGGGUAAGCAACCCCUGAGCUGCUUGGAGUCUCCAGAGGAAGUGAUGAGGAGAGACAAUAAGGGUGAGGAUAUUGUUUGGAAGAAGAACGGAGUAGAGGAAGCACAGAGAGGGAACUCAUACUUAGUGCAGCUGGAGGAAAGCUUGGGAGGAGGCAACUACACCUGCCACAACAAAGACGGAUCACUCAUCAAUCACACUGUGGUCCUGAUCCAAGAGGACGAAACCAAUAGGAGGAAGAUUCUCGUGAAAAAUGAUCAAGAAGAUUAUUUGAAGUGCUCUGCUCAAAAUUACAACGGAGAGUUCCACUGCUCUUGGACCUGGCACAGAAGUCGUGUUGGCAGUGUAGCAUUUAUCAAAGCUUGGCGUGUUUCUGAUGAAAAUGAGACAUGGUGUACUUUGGACACCAGUGUCCAGCGCUGGAGAUGCUCCACAGGUCAAAGUAACUUCAGCUGUUCAGUAGACAAGAGCGGACACGGGAUCUCCUGCUUGGACGAGCAGCACUGCCCCUUCGCUGAGGAGAGCCAGCGGAUCCACGUCACUGUCCAUGUGAAGACUCAGCACUUCCUGGUGGAGAGCUACUCUAAACACUUUUACCUGUCGGAGAUAGUGAAACCUGACAAGGUGAGGAUCAGUAAACUCAACAGAUCGAUGAUAGAGUGGAGUUACCCAAGCUCCUGGAGCAGUCCCUACUCCUACUUCCCCCUCACUUUCCAGAUUGCACAGCUGAAGGGGGGAUGCAAAAGGUGUGACAACCCAUGCACUGACUCAAAAGUGACAAAGAACUUGACAGACAAUUGUCAGUUUGAAGUCAAGCGCAAGGCCAAGACUGUCUGUGUCCGAGCUAAGGAUGCUCUCUGUAACUCGCAGUGGAGCGAGUGGAGCCACUUAAGAUUGAGGAGAGAUAAGAAGAACAAGAAGAACAAACAUCAGUAAAACAAAAAGGAAGAGUAACAGAAGAGCAAGAAUCCAAACAUUGUACAAUCUGUUAUAUUUAUUUAUAUGCUUUCAUAGAGCCCUAUUUAUCUUAUCUUAUCUUUCCCUGGAGUUUGUAAUAUAAUGACUGAAUAUUGGAUUUUCAUUUGUUUCACAAUUAAAAUUAAGCAAC